ACAAUUCCUAUUUGACGUUCUGUUGUUGUUAUUGUUGUAGCAGUGUGUUGACAUUCUAGUUUUUAUUUGCAGUAGCCGCCACAAGAUUAAAAUAUUUAUGAUUAUAAGCGUGCAAAUUAUAAUAAUUACAAAGUGAACAAAAUGUGAAAAAAAUUUUAAAUCCGAACAAAGCAUUUGCGAUUCUGGUGGGAUUUGGAAACAACUCAGGAAUUGGAAAAUUGUAUCAGCUGGGCUAGUGAUUUUACCUUGUAUCAAAUUGCCUAGACCCAUGGUACAAUUAAGAGGUAGGGUCAUUAGCUCAACAAAAAAAUUCUACCCUCAACGAAACUGCCUUGACAAAUGCUGUAAAUAGAAAUGUCACACUGGCUUUAGAAAUAAAUUUUGUUUUACAACUUAUCUUCUUCAAGUUUUUUUAUCUUCUUCAAAUGUGUUUUAUAUUUGUAUUUUCAUCAUUAUAACACUGUUUUGUUGAUUAUAUGUGGAAUAUAGGAUUAAAUAGAACAUAUUUUUAAGAUUUUAGAAAAAAAAUUACAGUUCAGUUAUCAAGCCUUUGACAUUUAGAUUUACGACAAAAUUAAAAAAAUUGUACUCAGCUGUUCGCAUGACCUCACCUUAUGAGUGCAUCCUGGCCUAGUCCUCACCUUAUAAGUGCAUCCUGUCAUAAUACUGUCAAACUGGCCGGCUGUUUUCAGCUAUUAGCGUGAAUCCUUUUUAAAUCCACCUCAGUGCUAUGUGAAUACUAAAUGAAACACGCCUAGUAGAUGUAUCGUUAACUGCAAUUGGAUAAAUAUAGCACCUCUUUGUCUGAAUUGUAAGACCUUACUGUUGUUGCGCGUUUUUGUUUUUGUGUGCUUUUUGUAUGCGACAGCUGACAGCAAUCUAUUUACCUUUGGUGGCACACUAACAAUUAAUAAGUGCAUCCUGGGUGGCACAUUAAUUCGUAAAAAACAAUGGGCAAACAUAAAUCGGAAAAGAAAUCAAAGAAAAAACACAAAGAAAAGAAAUCAAAAAAGGCCAAGCAUUCCAAGCAUAAGAAAGAGCGUUCGAAGGAUGAUACAAAACAAGCACAAAACACAGAUCUGCCGUUCAAUGUUGAGGAGGAAGAUUUUGCCAUACCUUUGAAUCUCAUGAAUAAUAAGUCUCAUGCGCCAGAGACUCCCGAAGAGUAUCAAAAACGACAGAGUAGGAUAAGGCGAGAAGUCGACCCCAGUACGGGAAGAACACGCCUCAUUAAAGGCGAUGGAGAGGUCUUAGAGGAAAUUGUCAGCAAGGAACGGCAUAAAACCAUAAACAAGGAGGCCACACAAGGCGAUGGUAAUUUCUUUCAAGAAAAUACUUUGGGAAAACUGAAAUAAUUUGAAUGGGCAAACAACAGAGUCGUCAGUCAUAUGGUUAAUGCUAAACUCUAUCCAUGGGGAUAACAUAAAAACGCCAGCAAAAACAUAUAUUAUAUACGUUAUUGGACAUAUGUAGGUAUAUUAUGUAUGUACAUAGAAAUUAAGGAAUGUGUCUUAUUCAUUUAUUCAAAUAUCCUAAUAAUUAUAGUAACGAAACAAAAGUUAAAUAUUCAAUUUUACUUUAGAAUGUAGGUAGAUCCAAAAACUAAGCGCUAAUAAACUUCAAUCGAUAUUAUUAUAUGUAAUACAUAUAAACAAAAGACGACAACUAUUGCUGAAAUAAUCUAAAACAUUUGAUAGAAGUAUGUUGUAGCUCCAUCCUGCCACGUUGGAUCUUCACUAACUUUGGCCCGGCACAUGGGACAGGUUUGUUCACGCUUAAACCAUGUGUUCACACAAUCAUCACAGAAAAUAUGACCACAUUCUAAUACAACCGGCGUUGUAUAGGCAUCAUGACAUAUGGGACAAACAGUACCAGCAGCUUCCAAUUCAUCCUUGGUUGGCUUUCGGUCGUAAUCCUAAGAAAUAUUAAAAAAAACAUGAAUUGUAAUCCUUUAAUUUGACCAGCAAUUUAAACAAAAAUAAUAUUACAUACCAUAUUGCGAACAAAAUUAA